AUGGACCGCAGCAUUCUCAAAGCUCGAGAACCAGCCCGAGAAUUUCACCACACCGAGCAUGACCCUCACCCUAUCAUGAUUGCAAAUACCAAUCCACUACAACCACAAAGCCAGCCAAAACCAUCUACCAACCACAUCCUGAAGAUGACACCAGACCAACCGAGAACACUGAAGGAGAAGGCCAAUCCAAGGAGCAACCAAUCAGAGGUCAGACACAGCACCUACGAGAUCUUGUCAGCACAUAUAUGGCAUUGUGUCAGCAAAGCACGCGGCUUGACAGAUGAGCAGCCAACCAAAUUGCAGAUCCCAGUCAAUGCCAGAUCCAGAAUGAAACCUCCAAUUGCUCGGGAGAACUUAGGCAACGUGAUUGUUCUUACCACAAGCAUUCGCUGCAACACGAGAGCUUGCUAA